UGCAGCUGAGCUGAGUGAGCUUCCUUGGCCAAGCUAGCUAGAGCAAGCCAAAGAGCUCAACAUCAGUACUACGUACGUGCUCGCUACGUACCUCCCACCCUGCAAGAACUUCAACAUGGCAAUGGAGGUGGGACCAGCCGCCGCCUCCUUGCUCACCUCCUCAGCGAUCCUCAAACUGUUGCUGCUCGCGGUGACGCUCGUCUACCUCGUCCAAACCCUUAGGCCGCGCCGGAAGAGCACGUGCACCGCACCGCUCCCCCCGGGGCCCGUGCCAUGGCCCGUCAUCGGCAAUCUGCCCGAGAUGAUGCUCAACAAGCCGGCGUUCCGGUGGAUCCACCUCAUGAUGAAGGAGAUGGGCACCGACAUCGCCUGCGUCAAGCUGGGCGGCGUCCACGUCAUACCCAUCACCUGCCCCAAGAUCGCACAGGAGGUGCUCAAGAAGCAGGACGCCAACUUCGUCUCCCGCCCGCUCACCUUCGCCUCCAAGACAUUCAGCGGCGGCUACAAGAACGCCGUGCUCUCCCCCUACGGCGACCAGUGGAAGAAGAUGCGCCGCGUGCUCACCUCCGAGAUCAUCUGCCCCUCCCGCCACAAGUGGCUCCACGACAAGCGUGCCGACGAGGCCGACAACCUCACCCGCUACAUCUACAACCUCGCCACCGCCAACUCCGGCGCCGUCGACGUCAGGCACAUUGCGCGCCACUACUGCGGCAACGUCAUCCGCCGUCUCGUCUUCAACAAGCGCUACUUCGGCGAGCCGCAACCCGACGGCGGCCCUGGCCCGCUGGAGGUGCAGCACAUGGAGUCCGUGUUCACCUCCCUGGGGCUCCUCUACGCCUUCUGCGUCUCCGACUACCUCCCCUGGCUGCUGGGCCUCGACCUCGACGGCCACGAGAAGAUCGUCAAAAAGGCCAACGAGACGGUGAACAGGCUACACGACACGGUCAUCGACGAGCGGUGGAGGCAGUGGAAGAGCGGCGAGAGGCAGGAGCUGGAGGACUUCCUCGACGUGCUCAUCACGCUCAAGGACGCCCAGGGCAACCCACUGCUCACCAUCGAGGAGGUCAAAGCACAGUCGCAGGACAUCACGUUCGCGGCCGUGGACAAUCCGUCGAACGCCGUCGAGUGGGCGCUGGCGGAGAUGGUGAACAACCCGGACGUGUUGGAGAAGGCGGUGGCGGAGAUCGACCGAGUCGUCGGACGGGAGCGGCUGGUGCAGGAGUCCGACAUCCCGCAGCUCAACUACGUGAAGGCCUGCAUCCGCGAGGCCUUCCGCCUGCACCCCGUCGCGCCCUUCAACGUCCCGCACGUCGCGCUCUCCGACACCACCAUCGCCGGCUACCACGUCCCCAAGGGGAGCCACGUCAUCAUCAGCCGCACCGGCCUCGGCCGCAACCCCCGCGUCUGGGACGACCCGCUCCGCUUCAACCCCGACCGCCACGUCGUCGCAGACCCCAAGGCCGACGUCGUGCUCACCGAGAACGACCUGCGCUUCAUCUCCUUCAGCACCGGCCGCCGCGGCUGCAUCGCCGCCUCCCUCGGCACCGCCAUGAGCAUCAUGCUCUUCGGCAGGCUCCUGCAGGGGUUCACCUGGAGCAAGCCGGCCGGGGUGGCGGCCGUCGACCUCAGCGAGUCGAAGCACGACACUUUCAUGGCCAAGCCGCUGGUGCUGCACGCCGAGCCGAGGCUGCCGGCGUACCUCUACCCGGCCAUCUCGAAUUAAUUCAUGGCCGGUUGCUACGGCUAA